AAAUUUUUUGUGUGUGUUCGUGGAGAUUCGAGAAUGGUUUAGAUUUACAGUUUGGUCUACUGGAAAAUGUUUUUUCAAUUAAUUUCUUAUUUAUAAGGAGUUGUUGAUUUUGGAAUGUUUUACAUUAGAUCCGGCGGACGGCGCUAUCAUCGCAUUCAAUAUUAUUCUAUUUCAAUUUUAGUUUGUCCCGACAGAUAGUGCUACGAUUAAUUUGUAAAAAAUUUUGUUAUUCAAUUCUUGUGCUGAUUAAAAUAUUAAAUGUAAUUAUUUUUUAAAGAGUUUUGAAGUGUGUAUAAAUAAUUUUGUGAAUUCAGAUGUUUUUUUAAUUAAUUUUUAUUUGUAAGGAGUUUUUGAUUUUGGAAUGUUUUACAUCAGAUUCGACGGAUGGCGCUAUCAUCGCAUUCAAUAUUAUUCUAUUUUAAUUUUAGUUUGUCCCGACAGAUAGUGCUACGAUCAAUUUGAAAAAGUAUUUCGUUAUUUUGUGUUAUAAUUGUGUUAUUCAAGUGAAGUUGCUAAUUAAAAUAUUUAAUGUCAUUAGUUUUCGAAGAGUUCUGAAGUGUAUAUAAAUAACUUAUACAUUUUGUAAAUUUAGUGCGGAAUCGAAAAAAAUGCCACGUCCUCGUGGAAGAGCAAGAAAUAUUGGUCGACGUACUCAGCACGCGCAAUUAGUUCAUGAUCAUCGAUUGAAUAGAACAGUAGAAGAACAUUCUAUGGAUAAUGUAAAUUUAGGAGAUCGAGCUGCAUGUACACGUGCAAAUGAAAAUUUAGAACAACGUGCUCAAUGUCUUCGUGCUAAUACAUUAAGACAACGAGAGGCACGUCAACGAGCGACCAACGCACAUAGAGAACGUAACCAACAGCGAGUACAAGAUAAUCGAGCAUUGGCACGAGCAUCACUUAAUCGUCUCGCGUUUGAAUAUGAUCCUGAAAUAGAUUAUUCAUCACAUGCAUUGAUCACGAUUGGUAGUAUGGACAAAGAGUGUCAACAUUGUCAUGCUUUCAAGUACAAAGGUGAAUCAGCUGGUUUAUGUUGCGCAUCUGGAAAAAUAUCACUGCCACCGCUAAAACCACCACCAGAACCUUUAAAAACGCUUUUAGCUGGAAUCUCAUCUCAAUCGAAAUUAUUUUUACGGAAAAUUCGUAAAUUAAAUUCAUGCUUCCAAUUGACAUCAUUUGCAGCAACAAAAAUUAUUCAUAAUGAAGAUGGCCGUAAUUUUGAAUCCACAUUCAAAAUUCAAGGCCAAGUAUAUCACCAAAUUGGUUCGUUACUUCCAAUGCCUGAUGCCGAUCCAAAAUUUUUACAAAUUUAUUUUAUGGGGAAUGAAGAGCAACAAUCACAUACACGCUGCGUUUACAACCAUAUAGAACAGAUGGAGGAACAAGAAAUUGUGGACAUUUUGGAAAGGUUUUUGCAAAACCAUAACCAAUUAGUACAAUUGUUCAAGACUCUUUCUAACAGACUGCAAAACGAUAACUAUGUCAUUGUUAUUAAAGCAGACAAAGUACCCUAUGGAGAGCACGCAGGCACAUAUAAUGUUCCAACCAUUAAUGAAGUGGCAGUUGUUAUGGCUGGUGACCCAUGUGAACGUAGAGACAUUCGCAUACAACGCAGAGAUAAUACGAUGCAAAUAAUUCAAGACAAUCAUCGUUCUUACGAUGCUUUGCAGUAUCCGUUAAUAUUUUGGGAAGGAGAAGACGGAUGUCAUUUAAAUAUUAAACAACGGAAUCCAACUACAGGUACAACUUAUAGAUUAUCUUACAAUUUUUUUUUUGAAUGAAUAAUUUUUGUUUAUCUCAUAAUUAUAUUUAUUUACAGGUGGAGAACUGACCAAGAAAGUUAAAAUUCAAUCAAGCAAAACUUCGAGCUGAAGAGUAUAUUCAUUUGCGUGAUGCAGUAAUCGGUAAUGUAGAUGCAACAAACGUCAUUAACAACAUCGGUACCACAUAUAUUCUCCCAUGGUCAUAUAUUGGUAGUCCGCGUCAUAUGCAAGAAUAUAUUCAAGACGCUAUGACAUACGUACGUGCAUACGGUCGACCAGAUCUUUUUAUCACAUUUACAUGUAAUCCAAAUUUGGGAUGAAAUCAAAAACUUGCUGUUGUCAGGUCAAACAUCGAUGCAUCGCCACGAUAUCACUGCGCGUGUCUUUAAACAAAAAUUAAAAUCUUUGAUGAAUUUGAUCACACAUUACUCGGUUUUUGGUGAAACACGUUGUUGGCUUUACUCUGUUGAGUGGCAAAAACGAGGUUUACCUCAUGCGCAUAUUUUGAUUUGGUUGGUGGAUAAAGUACGCCCAGAAGAAAUUGACAAAAUUAUUUCAGCGGAAAUUCCAGAUCCGAAUGUUGAUCAAGAACUGUUUAACAUUGUUACUACUAAUAUGAUUCAUGGUCCAUGCAGUACUCUAAACAUGAUGUCACCAUGCAUGAAUGAUGGAAAAUGUACGAAACGUUUUCCAAAACCAUGUCAAACUGAUACUAUCACCAAUAUUGACGGUUAUCCAUCUUACCUUCUUACAUCAUCAACAGUGAUGUUCAACG